CUGCAGCCCAGAUGCCUCGGCUAACAGCUUCCCCCGGCACCUGGCGAGCGCGCAUUACCGCUCCACAUCUGGGAAGCCAUUUCCUCUUCGUUUAAAGAUCUCUCUCUUCCCCACACAUUUGAAGACGGUCCUAACACCUCCACCAAUACUGCCUCUCUUCCUCUACCGAUUAUUCCCAAGUCUAUAAUCAUCACCGAACGCCCAUCAUGUCUGGAACAAUCACCACCGAAUUCACCAAGCUGUUCAAGAUCCAGCACCCCAUCGCGCUGGCUGGUAUGAAUGUUGCCGCUGGUCCCAAACUCGCCGCCGCGGUCACAAAUGCCGGUGGUAUCGGUGUCAUUGGAGGUGUCGGGUACACCCCUGAGAUGCUGAAGGAUCAGAUCGCUGAGCUCAAGUCCUACCUGAACGACAAGAAGGCGCCCUUCGGCGUUGACCUCCUCCUGCCCAAGGUCGGAGCCGGCGCCCGCGCCACAAACUACGACUACACCAAGGGCAAGCUCGGAGCUCUCGUCGACAUCAUCAUUGAGUCCGGCGCGGUUCUCUUCGUCUCGGCCGUCGGUAUCCCUCCCAAGCCCGUCGUCGACCGUCUCCACAAGGCCGGAAUCGCAUACAUGAACAUGAUCGGCCACCCCAAGCACGUCGCCAAGUGCAUCGAGGCCGGAGUCGACAUCAUCUGCGCGCAGGGAGGAGAGGGUGGUGGCCACACUGGAGACGUCCCCACGUCCAUCCUCAUCCCCACCGUCGUCGACCUCGCGAAGAAGGCUACCUCGCCACUCACCGGAAAGCCCGUCAUGGUUGUUGCUGCCGGCGGUAUCUACAACGGAAAGUCGCUUGCUGCCUCGCUCAUGAUGGGCGCUGAGGCCGUCUGGGUCGGCACCAGGUUCAUCCUUGCUGAGGAGGCUGGAGCGCCCAAGGCGCACCAGGAGGCGGUCCGCACCGCUGGCUUCGACGACACCAUCCGCACCAUCAUCUUCACUGGUCGCCCCCUGCGAGUACGGAAGAACGACUACAUUGAGAACUGGGAGGUCAACCGUCGCGACGAGAUCAAGGAGCUCACCAAUAAGGGUGUCAUUCCCGUCGAGUACGACAUUGAGAAGCUGGAUGAGGCCGACAACCUCGACGAUGAGACCAUGGACAACGCCCGUCCGUUCCUGAUGGGCAAGGUCGCUGCAGUGGUCAACGAUAAGUUGCCCGCUAAGGUCAUUGUCGACCAGAUGGUUGAGGAGGCGGUUGCGCAGCUGAAGAAGAGCCAAACGCUGCUGGCGAAGUUGUAAAAUUGGGGCUUUAGGCCAUGGUGUUUGCUUUUACUUUUACUUUUAUUUUCUCUUUACUUGAUGAUCACUGUGCAAUACCUGUUUUUUUAGCAUUGUCUCGCUGGGUUAUAUAUUUUUUCUUUCGAUUAUAUGGAAAUGGUCUCAUUCCAUCUACGAUAAUCGUUCUCGUUCAUUGGUGAUCUUGUGCU